AUGACCUCCACCCAUGUUGAGCACUCGAGCGAUGGACAAUACCGAUCAUGUGUCAUCCGUAGCGUUUUCAACCACUACACUGCAGGUCACAACAACAUACUCACCCACUCACCACACUGCAGGUCACAACAACACACUCACCCACUCACCACCAUGCAGAUCACAACAACAACUCACUCACCCACUCACCACACUGCAGGUCACAACAACACACUCACCCACUCACCACACUGCAGGUCACAACAACACACUCACCCACCCACUCACCACCCUGCAAGUCACAACAACACACUCACCCACUCACUCACCACACUGCAGGUCACAACAACACACCCACCCACUCACCACACUGCAGGUCACAACAACACACCCACCCACCCACUCACCACCCUGCAGGUCACAACAACACACUCACCCACUCACCACACUGCAGGUCACAACAACACACUCACCCACUCACCACCCUGCAGGUCACAACAACACACUCACCCACUCACCACACUGCAGGUCACAACAACACACUCACCCACUCACAACACUGCAGGUCACAACAACACCCCCACCCACUCACCACACUGCAGGUCACAACAACACACUCACCCACUCACAACACUGCAGGUCACAACAACACACUCACCCACCCACUCACCACCACACUGCAGGUCACAACAACACACUCACCCACUCACAACACUGCAGGUCACAACAACACACUCACCCACCCACUCACCACCACACUGCAGGUCACAACAACACACUCACCCACUCACCACACUGCAGGUCACAACAACCCACUCAUCACACUGCAGGUCACAACAACACUCACUCACCACACUACAGAUCACAACAACACACUCACUCACCACAUUGCAGGUCACAACAACACACUCACCCAACCACUCACCACACUGCAGGUCACAACAACACACUCACCCACUCACCACACUGCAGGUCACAUCAACACACUCACCCACUCACCACACUGCAGGUCACAACAACACUCACUCACCACACUACAGAUCACAACAACACACUCACCCACUCACCACACUACAGAUCACAACAACACACUCACCAACUCACCACACUGCAGAUCACAACAACACUCACUCACCACACUGCAGGUCACAACAACACACUCACCCACUCACCACACUACAGAUCACAACAACACACACACCCACUCACCACACUGCAGGUCACAACAACACUCACUCACCACACUACAGAUCACAACAACACACUCAUUCACCACACUGCAGGUCACAACAACACACUCACUCACCACACUGCAGAUCACAACAACACACUCACCCACUCACCCACCCACUCACCACACUACAGAUCACAACAACACACCCACUCACCACCCUGCAACACGCCGCACUUCUCGUGUUUCCUGGCACUGCCCCCCAAGCUCUCAUAAUAAGCUCGCUCGAGUCAAGAAACGCGUUCCACUCGCAGCUUUCACAACGUCGACAGACUGCCUACAACAAAUACGGAUCUAAAAACGCCUCCAUCUGAUUAUUAAGCCAUUCAAUGCAUACAUCGUGAGCUUAGACAAUCGAAUGAAUUGAUGCAUCAGUGUAGCGUUACCUCUGCAGUAUGUCUGGGUAUAGGUGUAAAUCUGUGUACGUAUGGCAUUGUGUGACUGUGUGUGUGCGCGUGAAUGAGAAUGUGCGUCAUCCCACGUGAGUAAGUUUGUGUGCCGCGUGCCGAGAAUCCGCGGGCGUCGACGGUGAUCGCACUGCGCUCCCAACCCAGCGAGCCGGCAUCCCCUACGAGUCGUCGAUUUGUGCAUUGAAUGAAGUAGCACCUGGCGUGGUGUUAAGGGGCCGUUCGUA